CCAAAAGAGGGCGUGGUAUUUUUCGUUCAGACAAAUUUUGUAAGCCGCACGCAGGUGGCGCUGUAAACGGUGUAACUUGAGGACAUUCAAAACAACUUCCGCAAAUACUUCACCGGGUGUCUUAAGUAGGACAAAAGCAGCGGAGGCUUCCAUUUUUUCCCCAUGUUAUGCGGAUCUCUCUGAUUUAACGAUAGGCAUAACCGUGUGUAGCGGCUGCUAACAGGGCGAAUCAUGGAGAGUGCUUCCUUUAUCACGUUUAUCAGCUGCAAUUUAAUGGUACUGAGUUUGGGAUCGGGGUCUCAGGCCCAGGCAGAACAAGACACUUUGUACAUUACCAAUGGAUCUCACAUCCUUCAGUCUAACCCAGUGACAGGUGUCCAUACCCCACUGGACAUCCCAAGUGACCAGAUUGGCAGAGCAGUGGGUUUAGCAGUGGAUGCCCAGGAAAAUCUUGUAUUUUGGUCUGAUGUCAGCUAUGAAAAAAAAGGCAUCUAUGUCUGGAACAACACACACAGCGUCAAGAUUAUCAGUGAUGUGGCCGAGGUGAACGGGGUGACGGUGGAUUGGACAACCAAUCACAUCUACUGGACCGAUGCUGGCCGCAAAACCAUCGAAGUGGCAGACUAUGAUGGCAGAAAUCGCAGAAUUCUCAUCUCCUCUGGGCUGAGUCGACCCAGAGGAAUCGUUGCAGAUCCCGUGUCCGGCUACUUAUUUUGGGGUGACCAAGGCACAAGAAGAUUAGAGAGAACGAGACUGGAUGGCUCUGGACGUAUAGUUUUACCAGUGACUGGCCUCUUCUGGCCAAACCAACUGACCGUUAACUAUACUGAUGGGAGACUACUGUGGGUGGAUGGAGCCAACAAGACACUGAAUUCCUGUGACAGAGAUGGCAGUAGUGUUAACAUGGUGGCCAACUUCAGCAUGGACAGUCCAGGUCCACUGUUUGGUGUUGCUGUAUCUAACACUGACCCAGUUGUCUAUGUCACUUCAUGGUACAGUGGUCAAGUGAUGAAUGUGUCCACGGAGGGUCAAGUGGGCAAAGCUUUGACCAAUGUAGCGGCUGGCAAUGCAGCUAUAUUUAGUGUGGCUAGCACGUUCCAACCUUCAGUAAAUACAGCACAGAACCCCUGCAUGACGUCUGACAGAGGACAGUGUGCUGGCUUGUGUCUGCCUACUGGUGCUGACACCUAUAGGUGCUCAUGUGGUUCAUAUGGAGGACUGUCUCUGGGGCAGGAUGGGAGGAGCUGCAGGACUCCGCAGAAGGUCCUGCUGUUUGCUCUGGCAGAUGUUGGGGAAGUGGGUUAUCUUGACCUAGAGGGAGCCACUGGGUCACCUGACCAUUACACCAUUGGUCACAGUCCAAGGCCAGUGGCUGUGGCCUAUGAUGCUUUCAGACAGAUUGUAUACUGGAGUGAUGUCAGCAACAGAGCCAUCUAUAGUGCAUCUCUCCAAGGAGGAGCUCGGAGAGAAAUUCUCAACUCUUCCCAUUCCAUAGGAAUUGUUGAUGGCCUGGCGUAUGACAGCGCUGAGAACAGGCUGUAUUUUUCCAACAUGGGUAUUGUGAGCAUAGACAGUGCUGCGUACAGCUGGCAUAGAAUAGAAAUGGUUGACCUGGACAGUGGCCAGAGACAGACAGUGGUCAACGUGGCACAGAAACCAAGGGCUAUCUGGAUUGACCAGGUCAACAGAUACCUGUAUUACUCAGACUGGGGUGACAGGGCCGCCAUCAUGAGAACUGACCUGGAUGGAGGCAAUCCUGAAAAGAUUGGCACCAGUCAAGUGUCUAACCCUAACAGUAUUCUAAUAGAGGGAAAUCAUCUGUACUAUGUAGACUCCCAGUACAAGGACUCCACAUUGAGUGCUGGUCUCCACUCUGUGGAUCUCAGAACUCAGACAACUUCCAAGAAAAAUGUCAAUUUGAAGGUUCCAUUUGGUCUGGCAAAAGAUAGCAGCACUAUCUACAUCAGCGACUGGGGUAGCAGCAGUCUGGUCACCUACAAUGAUGAGACAGCAGAAACUGCCACGCGACUCUCUGGAUUGGGCAAAAUUAUGGGGCUGUUAGUAACGCCAGUGACAGCACCCACUUCAGUUCCCUCCACAAUGCCAUGUAGAGACAGUGACUGUGAGGAAAUCUGUCUACCCAAACCCCUGGUAGCUGCAGAGAGCGCAGUGUGUUCAUGUAACAGCUAUAAUUACACAGUACUGCAGUCAGAUGGGAAACAGUGUGCAGCAUCAGAAGACUUUGUCUUGUUUGCUGACAUGAACAGUAUUAAGUUGGUGUCACUUAACCCUGUGACUCGCAGGGUGCAGACAGUCAUCCAGGGCAAUAGUUUUUACUCCAACUUCGCUGCUCUGGUGUAUGACUCCACAUCAAAGACCAUGUAUUUCAGUGAUGUCAACAGGCAGGUGAUUUUCAAAGCCAACAUUGAUGGCACCAAUGUCCAGCAGUUCUACAACCCUGGUCAUAUAAUAGACAGUAUGGUCCUGUCGGGUGGACGGUUGUACUGGACAGAGUUUGCUGGUGGUAGUAUAGUGUCCGUGGCUCUCAAUGGAGAUAACAGGACGUAUACUGUCCAUGUGACUGGGCUGGACAGACCUAGAGCUGUACAGGUUCACGACACAGGAAGUGAAAGAUACCUGUACUGGUCGGAGUGGGGUACCAGUGACCGCCGCGUAGGGAGGGUCAGACUGGGCGUGUCCACUCCUCUGGUCCAGACGGUACUGACCAGCUCUGCUGGCCUCAGAUGGACAAACUCACUCCAGAUAGUGGCAGAUAAGCUGUAUGUGGCAGAUGGAUAUACCAAAACAGUGUACGUGGCUAAUUUAGAUGGGUCAGGGUUGACAGAGCUGACGCAGUUCAGAAGUGACCAUAUCUACGACAUCAGUUUGGGUGGGGACUGGAUCUAUUUUACUGACUGGAGGAGCAAACGUUUAUCCGUGUACCACAGACCCAGUGGGAGAGUGGAGGUCCUGGCAGAGGGCUUGAUGAGACCCACCCAGAUGGUUGUCCAACAAGCUGAACCAACACCAACAGAAUGCCCCAGUUCCCAUGGCUGUAGCCAGUGUUACCCUCUCACAGGCUCUUCUUGGCUAUGUGGUUGCCCAGCAGGACAGGUGCUGCUCCCUGAUGGAAAAUCUUGCAGUAACACAGUCAGUACUACCACACCAUAUCCAGACACAGAGUCCCCAGUGUUCACUUUCUGCCCCAUGGACCUGGUCAAAGACACCACCUCAGGCUCAGUUCACGUCACUUGGCCAUCUCCCGAGGCAAGGGACAACAUGGCUGUCACAUCAUUGACAUCAAAUUACAAACCUGGCAAUGCGUUUCCCGUCGGUGAGUCAACAGUCACCUACACUGUAGAGGAUGCGGCUGGGAAUACUGCUUCUUGUUCUUUUACUGUAGUUGUCAAGAAGAGUGAUCAGACAAAGUGUGGAAGAUUUGAGACUCCACAUCGUGCCAGUGUCAGCUGUCAGACAGUGGGAGGACAGGAGGAGUGCACCAUUACCUGCACCCCAGAGAGUAACAUCAGGGUAAACCAACAGGUGGCGCAACAGUACACCUGCGAUGCGCAGGGAACUUGGCAACCUGAGUACAGGGCAGACGUGGUCCGGACGAUGGCAUGUGUGGAAAUCAAGUCAGCACCAGUGAGCUAUGGGGUAAAGUACCAGGAGGUGCUGACACCUGUUGGUUGUUAUGAAGAUCAAGACUUUAUCUCUUUCGUCAAAAACAAGUACAUAGAUUGGCUGAGGGUGAAUGAGGUGUGUCCCAAGUACGCUUAUAUAAGACUGUGUCAGCCGUCACAAUUGGAUGUGUCUUGUGGCACAGUAAGAAAGAAACGGCAGACGUCAACUCAAGAUGGGACCAUGACCAUUGUCCUUGCUCUGAAUGCAACGCUACCUACACAAGACAGUCAAGAAGAUUUUCAAACAGUCCAGGAAGUUGCUAAGAACGUCUCCAUUUUUCUUGCCAACAACCAGUUCGUGUUUUCCUAUAAUAAUACAAACUAUAAUGUAACCCUGAAGAGUCAAAGCUCUCCAACAGUUAAUUGUGGCAAGGGACAGAUGAAGACAGUGGACAAUUUCUGUGUGCCUUGCCCACCGGGAACUAGAUACAGCUCAGCCCAAGAGAUGUGCCUUGUCUGCCCUGAGAACACAUACCAGGAGAGAAGUGGCCAGUCAGCUUGCAUUCCAUGUGAGGCUAAGAAGAAUUCACUUGCUGGUUCAUUCAGCCACUCCGAUUGUACAGCACAUAUGCUUCAGGUAUCAUCACCAGAACCUGACAUCCGGCUGAUCAUCGCAAUAGCGGUAGGUUCUGGUAUGGCAGUGAUCAUCUUAAUAGUUAUUGUGGUCAUUCUGUGCCGUGGGCGUCGGGGCAGUACAAAGUUUCACAGUGGCUCCAAUGGCACCAUCGACUAUCAGUAUGAAAACGAGGCUUACGAUCAAAUUCCAGCUGAUCAUGAUUUGGGGAGUCAGGAUACCAGGAAUGGCAAUUUGCUUGCCAAUCAGGAAGGGCCGGACUCGGACGAGUAUGUUAUGUUGGCGGAGAAUUGUGAGAUUCUUGUUAAGAGUGAGGACAAAUAUUAA